AUGCAGCUGGUGGCCAGCCUCCUCGCCGUGCUCCUGCUGGUCUGGAGCGUGAGAGCAUCGGCACUGCCAGGGGAGGACAAGCUAUCGGCUCAGAGCAGUAGGGAGCAGUUCAAAGCCCGGAAAGGCCUGAUCCUCAAAAUGCUGGCAGACCUGCUGGACGAGGUGGACACGUACCACGAGACCACGGCUUCCCUAGACCCGGACGAUCCCCUCGCAAGCGAGCUGGAGGAAGAGCACUCGAUACUCGAGCAGCUAUCCCAGACCACCCAGCGAGACCGCAAAGCCCCCUGCAAGAACUUCUUCUGGAAAACCUUCACCGCUUGCUAG